AUGGAGAAAUGGCUAACUCCUGGUGCGCUGCAGAAGUGUGAUGAAAUGAAACUUGAGAAAAAGAGGCAAAAGAAGUUGACUCUGGCGAUACGAGCAUGCCAAAGAAGGUUCCGCGCGGCUCGUCGGAUCCAGGCUUGGUGGCGCGGGCUCCUGGUGCGGAGGGCCCUGCUGGCGGCGGCGCUGCGGGCCUGGGUGAUCCAGUCCUGGUGGCGGGCCAUCCUGCACAGGCACGUGCGCAAGCAGCGGCUGGCCCUGCUGCGGGCCUACGCGAUCGAGGAGGAGGCGGCCGUCAAGCUGCAGGCCUGCGUGCGCGGGUGGCAGAGCCGCCACUGUUUCUACCGGACGAGCGGCGCGCUCUGCGUGUUCCAGCCCUCCUACCAAGACAGCCUCGCCUUCCAGAACGGUCACAUUUUGCAGGUUCAAUAUAGAGUCGUUCCCAAGCAGCCAGAGUUUCACAUUGAAAUCCUAUCAAUCUAA